GUCACGAUCGCAUUCAAAACAUUGAUACUCGAUUAUUUUGCGACUAAUUUUUCUCAGUACCUUCAGUAAAGUAAGCUAUUACACAUUAACUGCGUUUCGUCUGAUGCUUGGCAGAACUUGCAUUCUUGGAGCAACUUUUAAAGCAACAGUUUCCACGUUAAAAAAUAUUAGGAGUUCUUCUGCCGUGAUGUCUAGGUUUGAUUUGCCAGAACGCUUGAAAGGCAAUGAAAAAUCAGUGUGGGUGGAAUACAUUCAGCUCAGUUUAAAAUAUAAACCAUUGAACUUAGGUCAAGGAUUUCCAGAUUUCCAUGCUCCUGAGAAUGUAACAAAGGCUUUAGCUGCUGCAACUAGCAGCGAUAAUCCUCUUUUAAACCAAUAUACCAGAGGAUUUGGUCAUCCACGUUUAGUAAAUGCCAUAGCCAAAUUAUAUUCUAAGCUAUUGAAGCGUGAGUUAAAUCCAAAUAAUGAAAUUCUUGUUACUGUUGGCGCGUAUGAAGCCUUAUACGCUACGUUACAUGGCCAUACCAAUCCUGGAGAUGAAUGGAUAAUUAUUGAACCUUUUUUUGACUGUUAUGUACCUAUGAUUAAAUCUGCUGGCGGAGUUCCUAGGUUUAUUGCUUUAAAACCGAAAAGUACGAAUGGACCUAUAAGUUCAGCGGACUGGGUGUUUGAUAGAAAAGAAUUAGAAAGCCUUUUCAAUAAAAAGACCAAAGGAAUAAUUAUCAAUACUCCACAUAAUCCUAUAGGAAAAGUUUUUACACUUGAUGAAUUGGAAUUUGUGGCUAACUUAGCUAAGAAAUGGAAUACGCUCGUUGUAUCGGAUGAAGUGUACGAAUGGAUUGUUUAUGAGCCAUGCAAACACAUUAGAAUUGCAACGUUACCCGAUAUGUACGAACGUACUAUUACUAUUGGAUCUGCUGGAAAAACAUUUAGUGUCACUGGAUGGAAAAUAGGAUGGGCUUACGCUCCGGCAAAUUUACUGUACAAUCUUCAAAUUGUUCAUCAAAAUGCUGUAUAUACCUGCGCUACGCCAAUCCAGGAAGCGGUAGCAGUUGGAUUCGAGCAAGAGUUAGAAAGAUUUGGUCAACCAGAUUGCUACUUCGUGAGCUUAGCUAAGGAACUGAUACCAAAACGAGAUUAUAUGGCCAAAUUUCUUAGCGACGUAGGAAUGACCCCAACGAUCCCCGAAGGUGGAUAUUUUAUGGUAGCUGAUUGGACAGCUUUGAAAGAUAAAGUUAAAUUGGAGGAAGAGACGGACGAGAACAAAGACUAUCGGUUUACAAAAUGGAUGACGAAAAAUGUCGGAGUUCAAGGAAUUCCACCAUCCGCAUUUUAUAGUCCCGAGCACAAACAUCUGGGAGAAGAUAACGUACGAUACUGCUUUAUAAAGAAAGACGAGAAUUUGAAAAAGGCAGCCGAAAUUUUAACGAAAUGGAAAUCGCAAUAAUAUUUACGUAUAAUGGUAUUUGCCAUCAUAUCGAACGCAUUUAUAACAAAGAGGCUUAUUUUAUUAGGAAUAAUAUGUUACAUACCUUUUAAUAGUUUAAUCAUGGUUUAACGCAGCAUAUAUUUUUCAAAUCUAUAUUAUCUGUUUUCUGUACACAAAAAUAUGACAAUACCUGUUGCACGAUACAUUUUAUGUGGAGAAGUCACCGCGAAGCCACCUUUUUGCAUCUUUCGUAUCAGCUCCGAAAGUCUUACCGAAUCUGCGUGAACGGAUUGUGGAAAUAAAACAGUUUACAUUUUUUCAAAUCG